AUGGAUGAGGACCAGGGACCUUCACAGGUCGUCCCAGAAAAUGGCAAGAAGAAGACCAUGGGCGACCGCGCCCGUGCUCUGAAGCACGCGUUCCUCACCAAGGACGGCCUGAUCGGCGACUACGACUACGCGUUCCUCUUCACCCCGAACAUCCCCUUCAUGAGGAAGCGGCCACGGGCGGCUCCGUUUUUCGGCCUCAACGACAAGAUCCCCGUCGUGCUCGCUCUGCUGCUCGGCCUUCAGCACUCCCUGGCUAUGCUUGCCGGCCUCAUCACUCCCCCAAUCAUCCUUGCCGGAUCCAACGGCGCCAACCUGACCCCAGAGAUGUCCCAGUACCUCGUUUCAACCGCCUUGAUCGUCUCAGGCCUCCUCUCGGUCAUCCAGAUCACGAGAUUCCACAUCUUCAAGACACCAUACUACAUCGGCACUGGAGUAAUCUCCGUGGUUGGGGUUUCCUUCUCCAUCAUUACCGUGGCAUUGGGCGCCCUUUCGCAGAUGUACGCCAAUGGCUUCUGCCCCACCACAGAGGACGGCUCAAAGCUGCCCUGCCCGGACGGGUACGGCGCAGUUAUUGGCACGGCCGCCGUCUGCUCCCUCCUCGAGAUUCUCAUCUCCUUCCUCCCACCCAAGGUCAUGCUGCGUAUCUUCCCACCCAUCGUGACCGGCCCUACUGUCAUGUUGAUCGGCAUCAAUCUCGUCGAGACCGGAUUCAAGAGCUGGGCUGGCGGUAGCGGCGAUUGCGUGACCGGGACUGUGACAGGAUUCGCGCUCUGCCCUUCUGACUCUGCGCCGCACGCGCUCAAAUGGGGUAGCCCCGAGUUUCUCGGCCUUGGUUUAUCCGUGUUCGCAACUAUCAUCCUCUGCGAGCGCUUCGGUUCCCCCAUCAUGAAGUCUACCUCGGUCGUCAUCGGCUUGCUAGUCGGCUGCAUCAUUGCCGCCGCCACGGGGUAUUUUGACCGGUCUGGCAUUGACGCUGCCCCGGUGGCGAGCUUCAUCUGGGUGCACACGUUCAAGCUCACAGUGUACGGGCCACUGGUGCUGCCAGUCAUGGCUGUGUUCAUCAUUUGCGCAUGUGAGGCCAUCGGUGACAUCACGGCCACGUGCGAUGUGUCACGCCUCGAGGUCGAAGGCAAGUUGUACGAGAGCCGUAUUCAGGGUGGCGUGCUGGCCGACGGCAUCAACGGUUGCAUCGCUGCAUUGUGCACCAUCACGCCCAUGACCACCUUCGCCCAGAACAACGGCGUCAUUGCUCUGACACGCUGUGCCAACCGCAAGGCCGGUUACUGCUGCUGCUUCUUCCUGCUCGUAAUGGGCAUCUUCGCCAAGUUUGCGGCCGCCCUAGUUGCCAUCCCAGCGUCUGUCAUCGGCGGCAUGACCACCUUCUUGUUUACGAGUGUCGCGGUCUCGGGAAUUGCCAUUAUAGCAAAGGGCGUGUCCUUCAACCGCCGCAACCGUUUCAUCCUCACCGCUGGCCUGGCCCUUGGCUACGGCGCCACUCUGGUCCCCAACUAUUUCGAUGGGGUCUUCACCUACAAUGGCAACAAUAGCGGGCUGCGCGGAUUCCUCGACGCUAUCAGUCUCGUCAUGGAGACGGGUUUUGUUGUCACCGCCUUCCUGACCAUGUUCCUCAACCUUGUUCUGCCGCUCGAGGUCGAGGACACCAAAGCCGCCGAUGACGAGGCCGCGUCUAGUGUGCGCGCGCCUAGUAACAACGACGUCGAAGGAGCGCCUCCCGGGGAGCUCAAAAAGGCUUGA